CCGCGACGGUGGUGGCGGUGGCGCGGGCCGAGAAACUUUGCCCCUUUGUGCGCUCCGCCCCGGAGGCGGCGGGCAGGCAGCGCAGCAAUCUCCAUCACCCUGAUCCCGGAGGAGAAAUACCCGAAGGAGACACCUCACACUGCUGUCCCACCACACACCCAUCUGCUCACCUCAUGCCCGGGUCCUGGGUGGGUGAGGGUGAAGGACCCACCCAGCCAAGAUGAUCCCUUCCCUGGGGGCUGCUGCUGCUGUCCUCCCCCAGAUCCUGGGCCCCAGCAGGUGGGAGAGUGGCCCCAGAAGGAACCCUGUCAGACUGCUGCAGAGGAGGUGAAGAGGGCUUGAGAAGAGGCACCCAUCCCAGAGACGGAAGCGCCUUGUCUUCACCCUUGUAGACUUCUUCACUGUUUUAGGAGAGAGGAACCAGUUGGUGGCCUUUGCAGGAAGCAGGAAACUGGACUGUGGUUCUGCUCCGCACCUAUGCCCCCACCUCUGGCAGCAUCAGCAUCAGCAUCAGCGUCAUGAGCCAAUUUCAGGUGCCCCUGGCGGUUCAGCCGGACCUGCCAGGCCUUUAUGACUUUCCUCAGGGCCAGGUGAUGGUAGGGGGUUUCCAGGGGCCUGGGCUGCCCUUGGCCGGGAGUGAGGCCCAGCUGCGAUCUGGUGGAGAUGGGCGAAAGAAAAGGAAACGGUGUGGUACUUGCGAGCCCUGCCGGAGACUGGAAAAUUGUGGGGCUUGCACCAGCUGCACCAACCGCCGCACCCACCAGAUCUGCAAACUCCGCAAGUGUGAGGUGCUAAAGAAAAAAGUGGGGCUUCUCAAGGAGGUGGAAAUAAAGGCUGGUGAAGGAGCCGGGCAGUGGGCACAAGGGACAGCUGUCAAGACAGGCCCAGAGCUCAGCCCAGUUGAUGGACCUGUUCCAGGUCAGAUGGACUCAGGGCCAGUGUACCAUGGGGACUCACGGCAGCUAAGCACCUCAGGGGCGCCGGUCAAUGGUGCUAGAGAGCCCGCCGGACCCAGUCUGCUGGGGACUGCAGGUCCUUGGCGGGUAGACCAGAAGCCCGACUGGGACGCUGCCCCAGGCCCAGCUCACACUGCUCGCCUGGAAGAUGCCCACGAUCUGGUGGCCUUUUCGGCUGUGGCCGAAGCUGUGUCCUCUUACGGGGCCCUUAGCACCCGGCUCUAUGAAACCUUCAACCGUGAGAUGAGUCGCGAGGCUGGGAAUAAUAGCAGGGGCUCCCGGCCAGGGUCUGAGGGCUGCUCUGCUGGCAGUGAAGACCUUGACACGCUACAGACAGCCCUGGCCCUUGCACGGCAUGGUAUGAAACCACCCAACUGCAACUGCGAUGGCCCAGAGUGCCCUGACUACCUCGAGUGGCUGGAGGGGAAGAUCAAGUCUGUGGUCAUGGAAGGAGGGCAGGAAAGGCCCAGGCUCCCAGGGACUCUGCCUCCUGGUGAGGCUAGCCUCCCAGCCCCAAGCACCAGGCCACUUCUUAGCUCUGAGGUCCCCCAGAUUCCUCCCCUGGAGGGCCUGCCCCUGUCCCAGAGUGCCCUGAGCAUCGCCAAGGAAAAAAACAUCAGCCUGCAGACCGCCAUCGCCAUAGAGGCCCUCACACAACUCUCCUCUGCCCUCCCCCAGCCUUCUCACUCCACCUCCCAGGCUUCUUGUCCCCUCCCUGAGGCCUUGUCCCCUCCAGCCCCUUUCAGGUCUCCCCAGUCCUACCUCCGGGCCCCCUCAUGGCCUGUGGUUCCCCCCGAGGAGCAUGCAUCUUUUGCUCCUGAUAGUCCUGCCUUUCCUCCAGCAACUCCUAGAACUGAGUUUCCUGAAGCCUGGGGCACCAACACCCCACCAGCCACAUCCCGGAACUCCUGGCCUGUGCCCCGUCCAAGCCCUGACCCCAUGGCUGAACUGGAGCAGUUGUUGGGCAGUGCCAGUGAUUACAUCCAGUCAGUAUUCAAGCGACCUGAGGCCCUACCCACCAAGCCCAAGGUCAAGGUUGAGGCACCCUCUUCCUCUCCAGCCCCAUCCCCAUCACCAGUCCUCCAGAAGGAGGCUCCUCCACCAUCCUCGGAGCCCAGUACCCACCAGAAGGCCCAGACCGCCCUACAGCAGCACCUCCACCAUAAGCGCAGUCUCUUUCUAGAACAGGCCCACGAUGCCUCCUUCCCCGCUCCCUCAGAGCCUCCUACUCCUGGCUGGUGGGCCCCACCAAGCUCACCUGCCCCACGGCCUCCUGACAAACCACCCAAGGAGAAGAAGAAGAAGCCCCCCACACCAGCUGGAGGUCUUGUGGGAGCAGAGAAAAACACCCCUGGAAUUAAGCCCAGUGUCCGAAAGCCCAUUCAGAUCAAGAAGUCCAGGCCCCGGGAAGCCCAGCCCCUCUUCCUGCCGCUGCGGCAGAUUGUCCUGGAAGGGCUGAGGUCCCCAGCCUCUGAGGAAGUGCAGGCACAUCCACCUGCCCCUCUCCCUGCCUCACAGGGCUCUGCUGUCUCCUUGCCCCCAGAACCUUCUCUUGCGCUAUUUGCACCUAGUCCCUCCGGGGACAGCCUGCUGCCCCCUACUCAGGAAAUGAGGUCCCCCAGCCCUAUGGCAACCCUGCAGCCAGGCUCCACUGGCCCCCUUCCCCCUGCCGAUGACAAACUGGAAGAGCUCAUCCGGCAGUUUGAGGCUGAAUUUGGGGAUAGCUUUGGGCUUCCCGGCCCCCCUUCUGUGCCCAUUCAGGACCCUGAGAACCAACCAGCAUGUCUCCCAGCCCCUGAGAGCCCUUUUGCUACCCGCUCUCCCAAGCAAAUCAAGAUUGAGUCUUCAGGGGCUGUGACUGUGCUCUCAACCACCUGCUUUCAUUCGGAGGAGGGAGGCCAGGAGGCCACACCAACCAAGGCUGAGAACCCACUCACACCCACCCUCAGUGGCUUCUUGGAGUCACCUCUUAAGUACCUGGACACACCCACCAAGAGUCUGCUGGACACACCUGCCAAGAGGGCUCAGGCCGAGUUCCCAACCUGCGAUUGUGUCGAACAAAUAGUGGAGAAAGAUGAAGGUCCUUAUUACACUCACCUGGGAUCUGGCCCCACGGUAGCCUCCAUCCGGGAACUCAUGGAGGAGCGGUAUGGAGAGAAGGGGAAAGCCAUCCGGAUCGAGAAGGUCAUCUACACGGGAAAGGAGGGGAAGAGCUCUCGGGGCUGCCCCAUUGCAAAGUGGGUGAUCCGCAGGCACACACUGGAAGAGAAGCUGCUCUGCCUGGUGCGGCACCGGGCGGGCCACCACUGCCAGAACGCCGUAAUUGUCAUCCUCAUCUUGGCCUGGGAGGGCAUCCCCCGCAGCCUCGGAGACACCCUGUACCAGGAGCUCACUGACACUCUGCGGAAAUAUGGGAACCCCACCAGCCGAAGAUGUGGCCUCAACGAUGACCGGACCUGCGCUUGCCAAGGCAAAGACCCCAACACCUGUGGUGCCUCCUUCUCCUUUGGCUGUUCCUGGAGCAUGUACUUCAAUGGCUGCAAAUACGCCCGAAGCAAGACGCCUCGCAAGUUCCGCCUGGCAGGGGACAAUCCCAAGGAGGAAGAAGUGCUACGGAAGAGUUUCCAGGACCUGGCCACUGAAGUCGCUCCCCUAUACAAACGGCUGGCACCUCAGGCCUAUCAGAACCAGGUUACCAAUGAGGAAAUAGCGAUCGACUGCCGCCUGGGGCUGAAGGAAGGGCGGCCCUUCUCCGGGGUCACAGCCUGCAUGGACUUCUGUGCCCACGCCCACAAGGACCAGCAUAACCUCUACAAUGGGUGUACUGUGGUCUGUACCCUGACCAAGGAAGACAAUCGCUGUGUGGGCCAGAUUCCCGAGGACGAGCAGCUGCACGUGCUCCCUCUGUACAAGAUGGCCAGCACAGAUGAGUUUGGCAGUGAGGAGAACCAGAAUGCCAAGGUGGGCAGCGGGGCCAUCCAGGUGCUCACUGCCUUCCCCCGCGAGGUCCGGCGCCUCCCUGAGCCUGCCAAGUCUUGCCGCCAACGGCAGCUGGAAGCCAGGAGGGCAGCAGCUGAAAAGAAGAAGAUUCAGAAGGAGAAGCUGAGCACCCCCGAGAAGAUCAAGCAGGAGGCCCUGGAGCUGGCUGGGGUUCCCACUGAAACAGGACUGUCUCUGAAGGGUGGAUUGUCCCAGCAAAGCCUAAAGCCCUCCCUCAAGGUGGAACCACAGAACCACUUCAGCUCCUUCAAGUACAGCGGCAACUCUGUGGUGGAGAGCUACUCGGUGCUGGGCAACUGCCGGCCCUCCGACCCCUACAGCAUGAACAGCGUGUACUCCUACCACUCCUACUAUGCACAGCCCAGCCUGACCUCCGUCAACGGGUUCCACUCCAAGUACGCUCUUCCCUCAUUCAGUUACUAUGGCUUUCCACCCAGCAACCCCGUCUUCCCCUCCCAGUUCCUGGGUCCUGGCACCUGGGGGCACAGUGGCAGCAGCAGCAGUUUUGAGAAGAAGCCAGAUCUCCAUGCUCUGCACAACAGCCUGAGCCCAGCCUACGGUGGUGCUGAGUUUGCCGAGCUACCUGGCCAGGCUGUUCCCACAGACACCCACCACCCCACUCCUCACCACCAGCAGCCUACUUACCCAGGCCCCAAGGAGUAUCUGCUUCCCAAGGCUCCCCAGCUCCACCCAGCAUCCAGGGACGCUUCUCCCUUUGCUCAGAGCUCCAACUGCUAUAACAGAUCCAUCAAGCAAGAGCCGAUAGACCCACUGGCUCAGGCCGAAUCUGUAACCAGGGAUCCUGGUAAGCUGGGCAAAACACCUUUGCCUGAGGCAUCUCAGAAUGGGGGACCCAAUCACCUAUGGGGACAAUACUCAGGAGGCCCAACCAUGUCUCCCAAGAGGACUAACAGUGUGGGUGGCAGCUGGGGCGUGUUCCCUCCAAGGGAGAGUCCUGCCGUCGUCCCCGACAAGCUUAGUUCUUUUGGGACCAGCUGCCUGACACCUUCGCACUUCCCAGAUGGCCAGUGGGGGCUGUUUGCUAGCGAUGGGCAGCAGUCGGCUCCGCAUCCUGGAGGACGGCUGCGAGGCAAACCRUGGAGUCCUUGUAAGUUUGGGAAUAACACCUCAGCCUUGACUGGACCUGGCCUGACUGAGAAGCCAUGGGGCGUGGGGACAAGUGAUUUCAACUCUGCCCUGAAAGGUGGUGCCGGGUUCCAAGACAAGUUGUGGAACCCCAUGAAAGGGGAGGAGGGAAGGAUCCCCAACCCCGGGGCGAGCCAGCUGGACAAAGCCUGGCAGGCCUUUGGCAUGCCUCUGGGCUCCAGUGAUAAGCUGUUUGGGGCCCUGAAGUCGGAGGAGAAGCUAUGGGACCCCUUCAGCCUGGAGGAGGGAACAGCCGAGGAGACCCCCAGCAAGGGAGCUGUGAAGGAGGAGAAGGGUGGUGCUGGCGUGGAGGAGGAAGAGGAGGAAGAGCUGUGGUCAGACAGCGAACACAACUUCCUAGACGAGAACAUCGGCGGCGUGGCCGUGGCCCCCGCCCAUGGCUCCAUCCUCAUCGAGUGUGCCCGGCGGGAGCUGCAUGCCACCACACCACUCAAGAAGCCCAACCGCUGCCACCCCACCCGCAUCUCGCUGGUCUUCUACCAGCACAAGAACCUCAACCAGCCCAACCACGGGCUGGCCCUCUGGGAAGCCAAGAUGAAGCAGCUGGCGGAGCGCGCGCGGGCCCGGCAGGAGGAGGCCGCCCGACUGGGCCUGGGCCAGCAGGAGGCCAAGCUCUAUGGCAAGAAGCGCAAGUGGGGGGGUGCCAUGGUCCCUGAGCCCCAGCACAAGGAGAAGAAGGGGGCUGUCCCCACCCGGCAGGCACUGGCCGUGCCCACAGACUCAGCGGUCACCGUGUCCUCUUACGCCUACACGAAGGUCACUGGCCCCUACAGCCGCUGGAUCUAGGUGCCAGGGAGCCAGCGUACCUCAGCGUCGGGCCCGGCCCGAGCUGCCUCUGGUGCUUUUGCCCUCACACCGGGGGCGGGUUGGGGGUGCAGAA